AUGUCGAGCAUAAAUAAAGUCACCAUUGGUAGCUUGACUCCUGCACACCUUGAAGCCUUUACCCAAACACUACACAAAGUUAUAUCGAGCGAGCCUACACAGCGAGCUCUAGCACAAAUCGUUGACGGCAUACCUACCCGUACAGACUCCAACGGAUGGGGAAUUCACGAAUCAAUUGAAACUGCCAAAGGUUUCCAGACCAGCUUCAAGCUUGAAACCCUGGAUAUAUCUCCAGGUGUUGAGUCCACGCAAGCAAAAGCAUAUAAAAACACCAAAAUAGGAUCAAGAGACUUCAAGCUCCGACUACUAGAGAUAGCAGCCAUUUCAUUCCACAAUAUUGUCGCCCAUCUCUUCCAAUCUCUCGAAGCAGACCCCGACGCCUGGCCAAGUCGUAAUCAUGUACCGCACCCCCGCGAACCAACCUGGUUCUAUCAUUCAGACUACCUAGACCAUGACCAGUAUCCACUACGAAUUUCUGACGUGGUUGGAUACUGGGCUGAAAAACAGGUCUUUGGGGGGGUCGUGUUAUUUGAUCGAGGAGAGACUGGGAAUGAAUGUCGCGAUGCAUUCAUUCAUCCCGAUAAUGGAUACAGGGUUGUCAAACUCUCGGAUGAUCAAUUGGAUCAGUUUGUUUCCUUCGGGGUAAGGACAGGGUGUAUUGACCAGAAUAAUGAUAGUGUCUGUCCCAUUCCUUUUCAAGCUGAGAAGUAUACCCAGCGCAUAGAGCUGGAGAAAAUCAUGGCGAUGCAUAUAUACCGCCGUCUUUACGAGCGUAAGCUAAAAACCGACGAUAACGGGCGGACGCAGCAUAAACCGUCGACGGCUUGA